AUUCCUUAAGAUUUAGAUGAUAACAAGUGACAUUCAUACAAUUGAAUAAUAUAAUAGAAAUAAAUUAUUCAAAGUUGAAAUUUUUUUUAAUUUAUUCACUCAAUCUGAGCUUAUUAUAAUUGAUGAUAAUGAUGAUGAAGAUGAUAAUGAUAUUGAUGUGUAAAUCUAUUCAUUGUGUUAUAUUAUAUUUUGUUAUUGGUUUAAUAACAAUUAACAGUGCAGAAUAUAAUGAAGGAUUAUUAUAUAAAUCCAGGUCAAAUAUAUUGAGUAAGCGUUGGUAUCCUGUGAAAGAAUUUCAUUAUGAUGAACCGUUAGAGAUUAAAAAAAGACCCUUAAUGUUCCAUAAGCGCUGGUUUCCAGUGAAAGAAUUCCAUUAUGAUGGACCACUUGAAGUGAAAAAACGACUUAAAUUCUAUGAUAAACGUUGGUCUCCUGUCAAAGAAUUUCAUUAUGAUGAACCAAUAGAAGUGAGAAAGUGAAGACGAUUAUACCUAUCUGAAACAUCUUCGUUAUCUUCAUGAAUAUUACCAUUAUAUAAAAAUUUCAGUGAUUCGAUGAUAACAUUACAAAAAUGUUUACAUAUUUCAAUACUGAUAUGAAUUUCUAAAUAAAUAUUUACGAUUACU